AUGUGCUGGCCAAGCAAAACAAAACACUACCGCGAACCCAUCAUCCGCGAAGUAGUCUAUGCACCUCGUCCCGUAUCCAAUCGCUCUCAUCACCACCACUCUCAUCAUUCGCACCACUCUCAUCAUCAUCCGCAACGAGUAUCCGUUACGUCGGUGAGAUCUUCUAGACCUGUUAGUAGAACUCAUUAUCACUGCGUAACGGGUUUACCUUCUCAUUACACUACAAAUGACGUCAACAUCAAUGUAUCCAAACAAAGUCCUUUCCUGAUUCAAACUACCACCAAGAUGAAUCGAGCAUUAUCAAUCCGAUCCUCAGGAGGGAAAUCAUCUACUAAAGAUGGAUCCUCCUCCAAACAUUUCUCCCUCUCAUCUCUUCGUGGAAUGAAUCAACCAGACCUCUCCAAGAAACUUUACAAACUCAUCAAGACGGAAAAUAAUCUCAUCACCGCAUAUGAAACUGCUGGCAAAGAACGUGUUUCAAUUGCUACUCAAUUAUCCGAAUGGGGUGAAUCUACGGAAGAUGAUGGCAUUUCGGAUAUUUCCGAUAAGAUUGGUGUAUUGUUGAGUGAAAUGGGAGAUCAGGAAGAGUAUUAUGCACAUAAUUUGGAUGAUUCGAGAGGGAUAUUGAAAGCUAUUCGAAAUACGGAGAAGAGUGUUCAACCGAGUCGAGAUCACAAACAUAAAUUGGAAGAUCAAAUUGCCAAAUUGAAGGCCAAGGAACCUCAAAGUGCUACAUUGGUUACUUUGGAGCAAGAGUUGGUCAGAGCAGAAGCAGAACAAUUGGUUGCUGAGGCUCAAUUAACAAAUAUUACGAGAAAGAAAAUCAAGCAAGCUUAUGAUGCAGAAUUUGCAGCCACGAUCGAAAGAGCAGAGAAACAAAUUAUCCUUGCUCGUCACGGACGUCGACUUUUAAAUCUUCUUGACGAUACACCAAUUGUACCAGGAAAUACCCGUCCACCUUUUGAACAUGCCGAACAGGCUAGACAGAUUCUCAAUGAUGCUGAAGAUGAUCUUCGAGAUUGGCAAUUAGAUUUGGAAGACGUUCAAUCACAUGAUAACGUGAAUUCAAGUGCCAUACGUCAGGAGGGUGUUCAAAAUCCACAAGGCCAAAAUAUCGAGGGUUCUGUUGUUGGUAAUGAAGAUGGGUAUCGUCAAGGACUUCAACAAUCUGAAGUAGAUGAGAGUAGAGUUAGUAGCGGGCAACAAGUCCCAGGAAGUUAUGCACCUAGUGUAACAGGUACUUCUGUUACGACUGGUCAGAUGGGUUCUACUUAUGCUCCGAGCGAGGUGGGUACUGCUCAUGUUAAUCAACCUAGUGCGAUUUAA